CGUCAUCUUCUUGUUUUUCAGCAUUUUUAGAGCUAGAAGUGAGCUUAGGCAUCAUCUCUUACAAUGACCCAUGCAAUUUCUUGUGCCAAGGUAUCUGGAAGGACAAAGUCCUAGGUCAAGAAAAGAGCGUGAAGUAAGUGCUUCAGGAGGAAAGGCUGUGCAGACUUUAGAAGGUCUGAGAUGGCUGAGAAGCCAGUUUGCCUGUGAGGAGCAGAGGGCCAGAGACCAUUGCGUGGGAGAGCACCCCUGCCUGGCCUGGCUCACUGGCCCGGCCUGCCUGCGCUGUCCUGUUCGCUGCCUGGCUUUGGGCCUCAGUGUGUCCCUCCAGUAAAAGCAGAGACUGCGCUCUGGUUCUGGGAGGGGAAAUGAGUCGAUGAAAAUCCACGUAAUAGGAAGACCUCUUGGGCAGAUGAGCAGAAAUAGCCCUGGAUACCAACCAAGGAGGCUACAAUAUGCAAAUGAGUCGACUGUGGCUUUCUCCUGGUUGGCUGAAGGGGCCCCGACAUCACAAUGCGCGGGGGUUUCUCCACUCCAAAGGAUUGUCUCUAGCCAAAAAAAAAAAAAAAAAAAAAAGAAGGAAAGAAAAAAGAAAAGAAAGAAAGAACGAAAAAAAAAAAGGAAGGAAAGAAAAAGAAAAAAAAGAAAGAAAAAUCCACGGACCAGACAGGUCUCUUAGCUCCCUCUCUUUGUCCGAACAGGAAGAGAAGCGAUGGAACCCCUCUACCAUGCUGGGUCCAUCCUCAUGCAGGUGAACACCUUACAAGGGAAGAAGAUGGUGGAGAGCGGCCUCCAGUCUGGAGACUUCUCCCUCCCUCAGUCCUGGCCUUCCUGCCUCCUGCCCCCGGCCGACCUGGAGCUCCUGCAGCAGAAGGUAGCCGGGGUGCAGCGGGAGCUGGAGGACUUUAAGAAGGAGGCGCUGAAGGCCAUCCGUUACCUGGAGGACGCCUUCUGCGAGAUGAACGGCGAGCUGGCACAGCAGGAGGAGCAGGCGGCCCGCGUGAAGCAGCGGCUGAGGGAGGAGGAGGACCGGGGCGUCGUGCGCAACAAGGUCCUCACCUUCCUGCUGCCCCGCGAGAAGCAGCUCCGCGAGCACUGCAAGCGGCUGGAGCGCAUGCUGCUGGGCUCCGGCCGGGACGGGCUCGGCGCCCCCAGGAAGAUCCAGACCGACUGAUGCCUCCCGCCGCGGGAGCCCAGCUUCCAGCGGAGCAGCCGAGCAGAAGAUUUUGUUUUCAGUGGAAGGACCAACCCUAAGUCCCCGUCCAUUCGCUUCCCCUCCCCAUGUCCACUGCUUUCCUUCUACCUCAAUAACACCUUGCUGAGAGGCGAACAGGCCCCAGUAUGUUCUUUGGUGAAGCUCGUUUGCCCAGCAUCAUCACAGAAGGAGGCGCCCCACCCCUCCGGCUUUCAGACACCUGUAACUUUCACCGUUAACUGGUUUCCUGUUUGUAAUGGUCAUGUCGCCCAAAGUAUAACAUGGCUGUUUUUAAUCUUCUUAAAUUGAUGUGUUGAACAGA